GCCCCGUCGGCAGCUCACCGUGCUCAGCUUUGCCGCGACCCCGCCGGAUCGCUCCCCCGAGGAUGCUGCACGCCGUCGCCGGAGGAUGGGCUGUGCUGCUGAGCGCCCUGCUGUGGCGCCUGGCCGCUGCCGGCAAUCCAGACCUACCAACAGCAGUUAAUAUAACUUGGUCUUCAAUCAAUUUUAAAACUAUACUACAGUGGCAACCAAAACCAUCAGGUUACUUCUAUACAGUAGAAAUAAAUGGAAUGACAUCCGACACCAAAAGAAAAUGCAUACUGACAGCAGAAACCGAGUGUGAUGUUACUGAUGUGCUCAGGAAUGUAAAAGAGACCUAUACAGCACACAUAUUGUCUGUAACAUCCUCAGAGAUGGAUAACUUUGAAGAACCACCUUUUGCAGUCUCUGAACAAUUUACACCUUACAAUCAGACUGUUCUUGGAAAACCGGAGAUAAAGAAUUACACACAAAAAGGUUCCAAACUGAAUGUUGUGUUCCAAGAUCCGCUUACACCAUAUACAUUUCCUAAUGGAAGCUUUCAAAGUAUUCGAGAUAUUUUCCAACAUGACCUGGAAUACAAACUCUAUUACUGGAAAGAUCAAAGUUCUGGAAAGAAAGAUACCAGAACAAAAAGCCAUGCAUUUGAAGUAAACGUUGACAGCACAAAGAACUAUUGCUUCUAUGUACAGGGAAUCAUUCCCUCCCGCAGAGACAACCGUAAUGGUCAAGAAAGCGUGGUGCUUUGUACCAGUGUAGGAAGAAACAUCUUAGAUGAAUAUGGAGCAGAAGUCUUUAUCAUCAUAGCAGUGAUAGCAAUUGCAGUAUUCACUCUUGCUAUUGUUCUAUCGGUGAUCCUGUGUAAACGCAAGAAAGCAAAAGCUGCAAGAGAAAAGGAACCACUUAAUGGUGUCUAAAGAAAAAUUAUUGUGGACACUAGUGGCAGUUCCAAAGCAAAAAAAACCCCAAAACCAUAAAUUGGGUGGACCCUUUUAGCCUCUCUGAUACAGGAAUCUUGAAACCCAAACUUUACGUGGAUUCGAAAGUCUGUUAGACAGAGAUGAAAAAUCCAAAUAUUAGGAAGCCCCUGUGUCACUAGUUGCUGGAGGAUGGAAGAGCGUUCUGGUACAAUAGCCUAACCCUGCUCAUCUCUCUUCCCAAGCUCCUUCUGUUGUCCUGUGUGAAACAGGAUUCUGAACUAGAUGCACCUUUGACUUAACCAGGUACAGCCAUUCUGAAAGUAUGGCCUUACUGAGCCAAAAGAUUUAUGGUACAUGUGAUGGGAAAAAAACACUACUUUUGAAAAAUGUGUCCUUUACCUAACUAAAAGGGACAUCUUUCUGUUUCUAUGAAACAAAGCUUGUAUUUAUCUGACUUUCUUCUAACAUUAUUAACUGGUGAAAUGAUCUGUUAGUUCAGAUGCAACAAAGAUGCUAUAUCUAUUUCUGCACUUGUUGGAUAAAAUUAACUUGGUCUAUUUAUCUUUAGAUAUAGACAAUCAAAGGUAAACAAACUGAAACUACUGGCGACUUGCAAGGAACACUCUUAAAGUAGGUAGCUGCUAUCUAUCUGGAAAGCAUUUCCAGAUUACACUACACCAAGAGUUAUACAGACAGGGUAGUCUGAUGGUUCCAAGUUGGUGUUAGAACAAAUACUUUGCAGUUUUUGAGUCAGCAGUAACUCACUUCAUGCAAGCACUGAGUAGGUAGCAGUAUUUACUGCAUUUUAAACAUUAUUUUUAAUUAAACGGUGAAUGAAUAGUUUAUGGGGUAUAGAUUCAAAUAGUCUUGGUGAUGGUUUUUGGAAGUACAUGUUGCUUUGACUAAUUUAAUAUUUUUAUAUUUAUUUUAUAAAUGGGAAUCUAAUUUUUAUACUGGUGAUAUCUGUAUUUAUGAUGGUAAUUUAUACUUUUCUAGUGAAAUAAAGGUGACUGGGAAAAUA